UGAACUUUGAACGGUUGUGGCUGUGCAUAGGCAUGGGGUGUCCGUGCAAUGGACAUUGAGGGCUAUGGUGAAUUUGCCGGCGGCUCCGACGAUGACGAUGACAUCGCCCGCUUUGAGCGCCAGUGUGCUGAACGAGCGCGUGCGGAGGGAGAGCUUUCAGAAGAAGGCUCCGAUGAGGAAGAUGAGGAGGUCAAGAAGAGGCGCCUGGUCAAUGGAAAGGGGCCGCUGCCCCAAAACAUGGGCGAGUGGCAAGAGAAGUGCGAGCUCAUGCAGGAGAAACUGUCCAGGAGGGAGGCAGAGCUUACGCAAGUCAAGCAAGACCUGGACAUGCUGCGCAACGACGGACUUGGCCCGGAUGACCCCCAGACAGCCCUCAAGCAGCGGUUGCUGGACCUGACAAAGAAGAACCGCCGCAUGCAGGUGACGGUGGACAGCCAGCGGGUCAGGCUGCAGCAGCUGGAGACCGAGGCGAAGAAGCCGAAGGAGGACGCCAAGAAGAUGGCCGAGGAGCUGGUCAUGCAGAACGCAGCCUUGCUCUAUGGCGAAGGAGGCAACGUGGAGGACUGGAAAAAGAAGUACCUUACAGCCUCCAAUCAGCUUCAGCAGGUGCGGCACGAGGUGCAGGAGCUCAGAACGCAACUCCAAAAGCAAAAGAAGGUGUUGCUGAAAGAGUUGGGAUCCGAAGACUCCAUUCAGCAGGCGUUGGCCGUGGCCGAUGACCCGCAGUCACUGCAGUGGAAGGGUCGAGCCAUGCAGAUUGCCCAGCUCCAGCGCCAGCUGAAGGAGUUCAAGGCGAGUGGCAAUGGUGCCGCCUCACAGGAGCCUACAGCUCCUGCUCCAGCAGCAAAGACGAAGGCUGUGGCGCAGGCAGCAGACAAGCGCAGGGAGGAGUUCGAACGGCUCCAGGAAGAGGUGGAGCGACUGCGUGCAGACCAGGCAGAGUGCAAGCAGAAGCGUGAGGCCUUGAAGUCUCGUGCCACUCUGCUGGAGUCUCAACUCCGUGAGCUCAAGGGCAACAUGCAGUUCUUGCUUCGCAAGAGCGACGACGAUGAUGCCCUGGUGGCCAUGCUGCAGAAGCAGCUGGGCCGAGAGGAAGAUGGCUCUGGUGCAGGCACAGGAGAUGAGUUGAAUCACAUGCGGCAGCAGAACAGCGAGUUGCAGGCUCAGCUGGAGCGGCAGGCGCAGAUCGUGGUGCAGCUCAGGCAAAAAGCACUGGCUGCGAGCUGUGAGAAUGGGAAAGUGCCCUUGGGGCCAAAGAGCGUUGAGGCGUCCGUCACGGAGCGGCAACUUGUCGAGCGGGUACGCUUCCUGGAGGCGGAGAAUGCCAAGCAGGCGGAGCAGGUUCAGCUCCUGAAAGCUCGGGGCGCCAUGGGCACCGACUUCAUGAGGGGUGGUGACACGCCCUCGGAGAAGCGGUGGCAGGGCUACCGGCCUGGCUCAGCAGAGGCUGAGGCCUAGGCCUAGCAGCCGAGUGGCCGCGUUUGGGCGACUUCCGGGAAGCCGCGGAUUUCACCGUUGCACGGCCGGAAUUUGUGCAUGGAGCGCCAAAGCGCUGAUUUCGCCCAUGGGCACCGUGACCAAAAAGUCGGAGUGAGAGCGAU